UAAUGUAUACAAAUCUCUCUCUCCUCUCUCUGACAAUCAAAUGCAUAUAUCCAUAUUUAUGAGCGUUAUUAAACACAGUUGAGUUCAGAAAUGAAUGAACGAAUUGAUGCUAAAGUACUCUGCUGAUUUAGGGGCUACAGCUUGCUCAGAUCAAGAAAUAAUAUAAAGUUUGUUUGUUGAAUGUCUAUUUUGAGGCGUGCUUGAAGCAACUCAUUCAAUGGAUUCAAUUCUCUCCAGGUGAUAUUGUUUUGGGAGAGACGAGUAUGGAAGGCCGGAGGAGUUUGCGGUUGCAGUCUAUGAAGGCUCACGUUAAGCACGAAAAGAAGGAAAAAAUGGAAAUGCAGAGUAGCUGGGCAACGGAUGCUGAGAAGCCAUGUACCAGCAAUCGAAGCUCAAUACGAGAGAGAAAAUUGACGUUGCAACAAGAUGUUGAUAAGUUAAAGAAGAGACUACGGCACGAGGAAAAUGUCCACAGAGCUUUGGAGAGAGCCUUCACCCGACCGCUGGGAGCUCUUCCUCGUCUGCCUCCGUAUCUCCCACAACAUACACUGGAGCUUCUAGCUGAAGUAGCUGUUUUGGAGGAAGAAAUAGUUCGGCUUGAGGAGAAAAUAGUGUUUUUCAGGAAAGGACUAUAUCAAGAAGCUGUAUACAUUUCAUCCUCCAAGAAGAUGGAUACUAAAGAUGAACAGAAGCAAUCGACUUUCUUGGUUACCUCGAAGACAGAUUCUGAAACCGGCAUUUGGAAGGAUUCAACCUUUCUUUCAGAUGAUAAAAGAGGAAAAGAAAACCAGUCAAGCACCAGUACUUCGAAGAAUAAGAAGCAAUCUGUGAAUUCGAAAGUACAACCAUCCAGAAAUCCUGUGAAAAAGCGCCUGACUGAGAGCAAGUCAGGUGAGAGGCGUUUGGAUCCUCAGAGAUCACAGUGGGAAAUGCAAUUAUUGGAUCAGGCGACUACUCCAAAGACGACUCCUGCCAAUCUCGAGGCAACAUCACCAGUAGAUGGUAGUCCAAACAAAAUUUCAGAGAGCAUUUUGAAAUGCUUAAUAAACAUCUAUUUAAGAUUGAGCUCCAUGAAGAAUAGGAAUUCCACUGAAAGUUUACCUUCGCAGACAGUGGCAUAUUCUUUUGAUCCUUAUAAUUUAUGUUCAAUGUUUGGGAAGAGGGAUAUCGGUCCAUAUAAGCAUUUAAUGACCAUUGAAGCGGCAUCCAUCGAUCCAAACCGAACAACAAUAUCAGUCUUCCUUGUUCAAAGAUUGAAGCUAUUGUUUCGGAAACUUGCAACUGUUAGUUUGAAGGACCUAAGUCACCAAGAAAAACUUGCCUUUUGGAUUAACAUCUACAAUUCGUGCAUGAUGAAUGCAUUUCUUGAGUAUGGCAUUCCAGAGGAUCCUGAGAUGGUGUUUGAACUGAUGCAAAAGGCAACCGUGACUGUUAGUGAACAUGUUCUAACGGCAAUAACCAUUGAGCAUUUCAUAUUAAGAUUGCCUUAUCACUCAAAAUAUACUUCCUCGAAGAGUACAAAGAACGAUGAGACGAUGGCAAGAAGCAUGUUCGGCCUAGAGUUGUCCGAGCCGUUUGUCACAUUUGCUCUGUCCUGUGGAAGCUGGUCGUCCCCUGCUGUGAGGGUGUACACUGCAUCCCGAGUCGAAAGUGAGCUGGAAACUGCUAAGAGAGAAUACUUGCAAGCAGCAGUCGGCAUUUCAACCAUUAGAAAAGUUAUAGCAAUACCAAAGCUAAUGGAUUGGUAUCUGCUAGACUUUGCGAAAGACUUCGAAUCAUUGGUAGAUUGGAUAUGCCUCCAAUUACCAUCUGAACUCGCUAAAGAAGCGAUUACAUGCCUCGAGAGCAGGAAAGAUUUGCCUCCCUUGAAGUCCAUUCAGAUAUUGCCAUACGAGUUCAGCUUCCGAUACCUUUUCCAUACAUAAAUAAGGUUAGUUCAACAUAUUGUUUUUUACUAUUUGAAAGUUUUGGACAUUGAUUGUUAUCUGUACAAAUGUAGUAGUAGAAUGUAUAAUCAAUUAUCUUGUAUAACUUUACACGAAAUGUUUCUUAAAUGCGCGGUACGGGAUGUAAAGAUCGAUUCAAUUCAUUAUUUUAAAAAAGUGGGUGCAUACAGCCAGGUUAUGUUCUCCAAUUUAUUUUA